AACCGAGUCUCUCUCUCUGUCUCUCUCUGUGCCGUUGGCGAAGCUGAGGAGGUGGCGAGGCUAGACAGGCCUGGCGGUAGAGUGGCUAGCUGGGCUCCUGGAGGAGGAGAGCAAGGAGGAGAGGAAGACUGGGGAACUAAUAGGGGCCUAGACCGAGAGGGGAUCUCUCGGCGCCGCCGCCGCCACGACGUCGACGAUGCUGAAUAUGUGGAAGGUCCGGGAGCUGGUGGACAAGGCCACCAAUGUGGUUAUGAAUUAUUCAGAAAUCGAGUCUAAGGUUCGAGAAGCAACCAAUGAUGAUCCAUGGGGACCUUCAGGGCAACUCAUGGGAGAGAUUGCCAAGGCAACCUUUAUGUAUGAACAGUUUCCAGAACUUAUGAACAUGCUUUGGACCCGAAUGCUAAAAGACAACAAAAAGAACUGGCGGAGAGUUUAUAAGUCUCUGCUGCUCCUAUCUUACCUCAUAAGGAAUGGAUCAGAGCGUGUUGUUACAAGUGCCAGAGAACACAUUUAUGAUUUGCGAUCCCUGGAAAAUUACCACUUUGUAGAUGAGAAUGGCAAAGACCAAGGUAUAAAUAUCCGCCAGAAAGUGAAAGAAAUGGUAGAGUUUGCGCAGGAUGAUGAUAGACUUCGUGAAGAGAGGAAAAAGGCAAAGAAAAACAAAGAUAAAUAUAUUGGGGUUUCUUCAGACAGUGUUGGAGGAUUCAGAUACAGUGAAAGGUAUGAUGUUGAGCCCAAAUCAAAGUGGGAUGAAGAAUGGGAUAAAAACAAAGGUGGAUUUCCGUUCAGUGAUAAACUAGGUGAGCUGAGUGAUAAAAUCGGGAGCACAAUUGAUGAUACCAUCAGCAAAUUCCGGAGGAAAGACAGAGAGGAUUCUCCAGAAAGAUGCAGUGAUAGUGACGAGGAAAAGAAAUCAAGAAGAGGUAAAUCGCCAAAAGGUGAAUUCAAAGAUGAAGAGGAGACUGUAACCACAAAACACAUCCAUAUUACCCAAGCCACAGAGACCACCACCACCAGGCACAAACGCACAGCAAAUCCUUCUAAAACCAUUGACCUGGGAGCAGCUGCACAUUAUACAGGGGAUAAAGGAAGUCCAGAUGAGAAUGCUGCAGCUUACACUCCACAGUCUACAGCAAAGGUGCCUGGCAGCAGAUCAUCCAGUGACCUGGUUGACCUUUUGUUCGAUGGUGCUGAUCAGCCGGUCCCAACAGGUGGAUCCACUGACCCCUUUGGGGGGUUUGCUGACUUCAGCUCUGCUGCUGCUGCUGCCUCUGCAAGCUGCCCUCCAUCACAAGGUACAGCUGCAAGUGGGAAUGGAGAGUUUGGCGACUGGAGUGCCUUCAACCAAGCCUCUCCAUGCCCUCCUGCUUCAGCUGGAGAGCUCUAUGGUGGCUCUGCUCAGCCAGCUGUUGAGCUCUUUGGUGGCUCUGCUCAGCAGAGUCUUGGCCAGCCUCCAGCUGCUUCAAAUUCUUCUGACCUCUUUGAUUUGAUGGGUACCUCCCAAGCCACCAUGACCUCUUCCCAAAGCAUGAAUUUCUCUAUGAUGGGUUCUAACACUGUCACCAUGAAUCUGCCUAUGUCAAGGUCACAGCCUUUGCAAGGUGUUAACCCGAUGAUCCAGAAGCCUAAUCCACUUUAUAAUUUGGGCACAGAGAUGGUCCCUAAAAAUGCAAGCAAAACUCUGCCAUCCACUUGGUCAGACCCCAGUGUAAAUAUCAGUUUGGACAAUUUAGUUCCUGGUAUGCAGCCUUCCAAGCCCCAGCAACCAUCACUGAACACUAUGAUUCAGCAACAGAAUAUGCAACAACCUAUGAAUGUGAUGACUCAGAACUUUGCAACAUUGAGCCUCAACUCACCACCCAGCAUGAUGCCUGUCCGACCUCCAGCAAACCCGUUGAUGGGAGGGUCCGUUUCUGUGGGGAUGGGGAUGCCUACUGUGGUGACUGGUACAAUGGGGAUGGCUUCCAUGGGAAGCACACCUAUGAUGAACCAGGGCAUGAUGGGAAUGAAUGUGAACAUGGCAAUGCCAACUGCUGGAAUGGGGUUGUCCGGUACAAUGGGCAUGGCUGUCCCUAAUAUAGCUGUGGCAUCCUCCAUGACUCCUGGAACUGUGCAACCUAAGCAAGAUGCCUUUGCCAACUUUGCCAAUUUUAGCAAAUAAAGAUUGUAAACCAAUCAGAUUGAAUGAAGGAUUUUAGCUGCACAAAUAAAGCUGGGAUAAGGGUGGAAAAUGCUGAUCAAAUGCUUUUUUCCCUUUUUUCUUUUAAUGCUUACUUUUAAGGAACCCACGUAAAGAACCCAAAGGUCAUUUUGUAAACUCUGAUACUGCUUUCGUUCAGACUUUGAGAUUAAAGAUUCUUCCAAUGAGUCCGAUGGUUGAAAUUGCAAUGACUAGGCCUUGUUUUCUAACAAGACAAUGAAAAGCCUUUCUAGAUGGCAGAAACAGUUUUAACUUUGAAUCUUCUGGAAAGUCUGGAAUUUGGGGGCUGAGUUAUCUGUGUGAAUCUAAUUUUAUACUUGAUUUCUUUUUUCCCCUCCUGGAAUCUGUUUUAUCAUAAUUGGAUCCAUUCCUUUUCCUACCACUGAGUCAAAUUUGAAGCCUAAGUAUGCUGAUCAAUUUUUUAUAAGAAUAUAUAUAUUUUUGUCCAAAAAUGGCUUACAUAUGUGAUUAUGGCUAAUUCAAAGGGACCUGGAAUGUAUAUAUACUUUUGCUACUCUUCCAGCAACACUGCUAUACUAUCCAAAUUUUUAUUAUAGACCUCUUCAAGCAAUUUGCCGAUGAAUAGAAUUUGUAGGAGGUUUCCUGCUACUAACUGGUAUAAUAUCUAAUGCAGAACUGGUAGAAAAUUCAUCCAGAGCUGCUGUAUGGUUUCCUUUCAGAAAACUCUCAAGAAUAUAUAUAUAUAUAUGGUUGGGAUUUGUUUGUGGGGAGUGGCUUUUCUGCAGUCCUAUUUCAGUGAUCAUUGGCAUACCGCGUAGCACACUCUGGGGCCACUGUUUACAUCACUGACAGUCAAAAGGCAACAAUAUUUAUUAUUAUUUUUGCAACUUUAAAAAAAGAAAGAAAAAAGAGUAACUGCAUCUUUUAAGUUAAUAAUGGACACCUCUAAACCUUUUGUUAAUCCAACACUAUUGGGUUUUAGAUUUUAUACAUUCGGUGACUUCAUUUCUCUAAUGUAAAUAUGGCCUUAGCAAUUGCAGAAUCCAAUAGAGAGGAGGUAAAUAAAUAUAUAUAAAUAUAUAUAUAUAUUAUUAAAAGAAACCUGUAGCAGUCAGAUUUUAUGAAUUAUUGAAAAUAAAGGAAACGAAUGAACGGAUUAAAGGCUUUUCUUUUUCCUGCCAUAAUUCUGCAUUUAGGUUCACACACAGAUCAUGAUUUUUAGUCUGGAAUGCAGAAGUUCAGUUUAUAUUCACAGUCAGGGCUGCUAUUGAGGAUAAGUACUAUAUUAUAGGUAUGAAACUUUAUUGCCUCCCCUUUUCUUAUGUUGGAUAUUUUUUAUUAUUAUUAUUAAAUUGAUAAAACUUUAUUUCCAUUGUAUUCAAAAUGUUCUGUUAUACAUAACAUUAAAGUGUUCAUUAAAGACAA